AUGGCGAGGCGAUUUGAUUACCAUCACCAGCAGCAGCACCAGCAGGCCGGCCGGCGGACUCUGGCGGCAUUCUGUUUCGCCUUCGUCCUUUUCCUGCUCGUCGCCGCUUACCUCUUCAGUGGCUUCAAGCCGGGACCGAUUCCCACGUCGUCCGUGGAUGAGGAUCAGGAUCGGGCAGGAGACGGCCUUGGAGGUCCCAACACGUCAGAUGCGCUGGGAGAUGAGCCGCAGGAGCACGAGAUCCGGGAUUCUAGCAAGCUCAGCCUGAAUUUGCCUCCAGUGAAGGGCGCCGGGGAGCCGGCAGACUCCGACAUGGAACCCCCCCGGAGGGCCGUGGACGAGGAGGAAGGCGGCGAGUCAGCCGCACAAGAGGGCCUGCGGGGGGCGGGCGGGGGGGAUGCGCGCGCGAAGUCGGAAAGAGAGAGAGACGCGCAGGACGCUGCUGCGCAGGAGGGGGAUUCGGACGGCGGAGAUGGUCAGGAGGAAGGCUUGUUGCACAGCCGCACUGGUGCCGAUGCGAAGGCGGCGGCGACGGCGGCUGACGCGGCUGCUGCUGCUGAUGCGGAUGGUGACGGCGUUGUGACUGGAGGCUCGGAAGGGGAUGGGGACGAGGAGGAGGGUGGCGCUGCAGAGAAAGUGGUUGAGAAAUACGAGGCGUGUGACCCUGAGCUAUCAGAGAUAGUGCCGUGCUUGAGCCCGGCAAUGAACAAGCGGAUGAAGCUGAAGCUGAAUACGAAGGUGAUGGAGCACUACGAGCGCCACUGCCCCUCUGACGACCUCAUGCCGCACUGCCUCGUGCCGCAGCCGCCAGGCUACAAGACGUCCAUCCCCUGGCCGCGCAGCAGGGACGAGGUGUGGCGGGCGAACGUGCCCCACACGCUGCUGGCCACAGAGAAGUCGGAUCAGCACUGGAUGGUGGUGGACGGCGAUAUUAUUCGAUUCCCGGGCGGCGGCACGCACUUCCCUGGGGGCGCAGACAAAUACAUUGAGCGCAUUGGGAAGAUGAUGGGAGACGAGAACGGCAACUUCUCGGUGGGCGGCAAGAUCCGGACGGUUCUGGACAUCGGGUGCGGGGUGGCGUCGUUCGGCGCGUACCUGCUGGAGCACUCAGUGCUGACCAUGUCGGUGGCCCCCAACGACGUGCACGAGAAUCAGAUCCAAUUCGCCUUGGAAAGAGGCUUACCUGCGUUCCUGGGGGUGAUGGGCACUCAGCGCCUGCCGUUCCCGUCCCUGGCGUUCGACCUGGCCCACUGCUCCCGCUGCCGCAUUGACUGGCUGCAGAGAGACGGCCUAUUGCUGCUGGAGCUGGAUCGAGUAAUCCGGCCCGGGGGCUACUGGGUGUGGUCCGCCCCGCCUGUGUAUCGCGAGGACGAGGAGAAUCAGAAGCUGUGGACGGACAUGCUGGCGUUCAUGGGGCGCAUGUGUUGGAAGGUGAAGGCGCAGAGCGGGCAGACCGCCAUAUUCAAGAAGCCAAAGACAAAUCUGUGCAUCAAGAAGCGGGCGGCAGACGUAGAGCCGCCCCUGUGCGAUGCCACCCGGGUGUCGCCAAAUUCGGCCUGGUACACGCCGAUGGAUGCAUGCGUCAACACGGUGCCCAAAGGCAAGAAGAACAAGCUCAUCCAGCCGUGGCCAGAACGCCUGGUGUCUCCGUCGCCCCGCAUUGACUUGCUAGGGCUGGCAAAAUCCGACUUUGAGGCCGACACAGAAGCGUGGGAGAAGAUAGUAGCAGACUACGACUCUCUGCUGGGCGGGCAGGCGCUCCUGCGUCCUCUAGACAAAGCAGCGUCCAAGAGCAAGGCUUCCAAGGCGGCCUUCCCCGUGCGCAACGUGAUUGACAUCAAUGCUCACAUGGGCGGGUUUGCAGCGGCGCUGGCGGCGCAGGGGCAGGAGGUGUGGGUGAUGAACACAGUGCCCCCGCAGGGGGAAGCCAGUGGUGCUGGACUGGCAAUGGUGUAUGACCGAGGGCUCAUCGGGGUGUUCCAUGACUGGGCGGUGUCUCAAGUCCUCAAGCGCAAAUGCUCCUUGGAGGCCUUGCUACUUGAGCUCGACCGAAUCCUCCGUCCCAAGGGUGUUCUGCUCUUCCGAGACAGUGCCGAUGUUAUUGCACGUCUGGAGAAGCGAUUGAAGGCGGUGAAGUGGAUUGUACUGAAGGGGCCUGUAUCGAGGACGUUUAUUGAUGGCGAGGAGGAGCAGGUGCUCGUUGUGCAGAAGAGGUUUUGGCGGAUGAAGGAGAAGGCUGGUUUGAAGGAAAGUGCGGAGGCAGCUGCAUUGAUAGAUGGGGAUGCUGAGGAGCGUCGGCGCUUUAAUCCCAAGGCUCUAGGCUCGUGGGCUCGGCGCACGGGUUUGGUCAGCGGCUUCAUGUCCCCGCGCCGGGACAGUGUCGUUGACGUCACCGAUGGCACCAAUACAGUCACACCCGCUCCAGGCGAACCCGCUUCGCCGUCCCGCGCUAGCAGCGCGGACGGCAGUAGUUUCCAAGCGAGCGGGUUUCAUGGUCAGGGGGAAGGGCACUUAGCGCAUGAGGGGUACGACGGGUACGAUAGUCACGGGGGGCACGGCGGGAAUGGGGGGCAAGUCUCCGCUCCCCAGCUUCCGCCACCGCCCGGACGAUCCGCGUUCAAGAAAGCGCCUUCAAUCCGCUACCCCGUCGCGCAGCGGGGCGAAGCGAGUAGUGACAGUAUCGGGGCCGGCAGCAUGUCACCUAAAACUCCCCAGGCGGUCGCUUCUGCGACUAUACCGGAAGCGGAGAACGAGGGGGUUUCGUCCAUUGAGGAAAGCGACGCGGGAAUGGGAAGCGCGCGACGGUCGGAAGAGGUGUCGAGCCGACAUGGGGGGAAGGUUGGCGGAGCGGUAGCAGCGGGUUGGGCAGGCGGGGCCUUUGUAGGCGCGGCGGUCGGCGGAAGGGUUGGCGGAAGCCAGGUGGCGCCGUAUCCGGAAGGGGAGGAGGGGGAAGCGGAGGGGGAGUAUGAGGGGGAAUAUCGGAUGGCGGAGGGGGAGUAUGGAUACGCGGAGGGGGAGGAUAUGGGGGGAGAUGACGAUAUGUAUAAAGAUGUGAUUGUAGACGAUAUGCCUUUAGAGGAGGGGAUGGAAGAACGGACGGGCGUGAUGAAUUUUGAGAUGAGGGAGAGACCCGAGGUCGGGUGGAUGGUGGCGUACGCGUUACAGCACAUGAUUGCGCUUAUAGCGAACGUGAUUGUGUUCCCGAUGAUACUUGUCCCCGCUAUGGGAGGCUCCGACCUCGACAAGGCGGCGGUGAUUCAAUCGGUGAUGAUGGUGACGGGCGUGGCGACCACGCUCCACGUGCUGCUGGGCACGCGUCUGCCCCUCGUGCAGGGGUCCUCUCUCGUGUACUUGGCACCGGCUAUCAUCGUCGCCAACUCGCCUCACAACCUCACCGCCGAUCCCUCACAGCGGUUCUCGUUGACAAUGCGGGAGACGAUGGGGGCAGUGAUCGUGGCGUCGCUGCUGCAAGUCGUUGCCGGCUAUUCAGGCUUCAUGUCACUUCUUAUAGAGCUCAUCAACCCAGUGGUGGUGGCACCAACCAUCAUGGCCGUGGGACUCUCCUUCCUCUCCUAUGGCUUUCCAGUCAUCGGCCGCUGUGUGGCCAUCGGCGUGCCUGAGCUCAUCCUAAUUGUCAUCUUCGCACUGUACCUGCGCCGAGUGUCAUUCUGGGGCUCGAGGUUCUUCCAGAUCCACGCGAUCUCCCUAGGGUUGGCAAUCACGUGGCUCUAUGCCUUGGUGCUCACCCUAGCGGGCGUCUACAGCUACCCCGACUGCUCGCCCUCGGCCAUCUACCCCUCCUCCUCCCCGUGCGCCCAGAAGCAAGCCAUCAUGGCCUCCUGCCGCACCGACGCCUCCAGUGUUCUGUCGGACGCCAAGUGGGUGGCGCCCCCGUACCCGUUUCAGUACGGCAUGCCAAUCUUUCGUGUUCUGGCGGACGCCAAGUGGGUGGCGCCCCCGUACCCGUUUCAGUACGGCAUGCCGAUAUUUCGAUGGGAGUCGAUUUGCGUCAUGCUGCUGCCUGCUCUUAUUUCAACCAUCGACUCGGUUAGCAACUACCACGCAACUUCCCUGCUGGUAGCUGUGCGGCCCCCGACAGGCGGGGUGGUGGGACGGGGGAUAGGCAUGGAGGGAAUAGCGAGCGUGCUGGCAGGGAUGUGGGGCACGGGGGGUGGCGCCACCACUCUCACUGAGAACAUUCACCUCGUUGCGGUUACCAGAAUGGGGUCGCGCGUUACGAUCAUUGUUGGGUCGGCGUUCCUCGUCUUCUUCUCGCUGUUCGGUAGGUGGGGUGUGGGGGAAGGAGGAUUACGAGGGAAAGGGGGGGUGGUGGGACCGGGACUGAAGGGAAGGGGCUCGCGGGGUGUUAAUGGGGAAAGGGAAGUGGGAGGCAAGGUGGGAGCUCUGUUCGCCUCCAUGCCACCAGUCAUGAUCGGCGGGCUCCUCACCAUAAUGGCAGCCAUGGCAGCAUCGCUCGGACUCUCCUCGCUGCGCUACGCUGAGAUGGGCUCCUCGCGCAACCUCCUCAUCACGGGAUUGGCACUCUUCUUGUCUCUGUCAGUCCCGGAUUACUUCAAGACGUACACUGCAUCCAACGGCCAUGGCCCCAUCAACACAUCUAGCUCCGGGCUCAACUUUGUGCUCAACUCGCUGCUCGCCCUCCCCAUGGCCAUCGCCUUCAUGGUUGCUUUCUUCCUCGACAACACUGUGCCUGGCACGGCCACCGAACGAGGCCUCUACGUCUGGUCCGGACGUAAGGCGGCUCGGGCCGACCCUCUCAUGCAUGAGGACUAUGACCUGCCGUUCGGCUUGAGCAGAUUCUUCUCCUGGGUCUUCUGGCUGGGCGUGUGA